AUGUCAGUAGUUAUUAGACCAAUUGAAUUGAAAGAUAAAGAGGCCUGGACUAAAUUGUGGUGUGAUCCUGAACAAUCGUACCUCGAAUUCUACAAGGGCCUUGAUAAAGUCACCAAAGAGGCAACUGAAAAUACUUUUUCUAGGUUCUUAGAUCCCAAUAUUGCUUCCUACGCGGCAGUUGCAGAGGUGAAUGGAGAAUUAAUUGGGUUUGUCACGUACCUCACUCAUAUCUACACUUGGUCUGAACAAGACAAGACCUACUUGGGAGACUUAUACGUUAGUCCAAACAGCCGAUUAGGAGGGGUAGGAAGAAAGUUGAUCGAAUAUGUUUAUGGUGAAGCUGACAAAUUGAACUGUCCCAACGUCUACUGGUCAACUCAAUUUGAAAACCAUCGUGCACAGUUAUUGUACACCAAGGUGGGUGUUAAAUCCGGAUUCUUGCUCUACAGAAGACCAUAG